UCUGGGAUGACUCACCAGACGCGCGCUCUCCCCUCCCACCGCCGGAAGAAGUCAGGCAGCUCAAUGCAGCGCGUCGGACGCCGUGACGUGGGAGCCCCGUGACCGAACGUGACGGAAACUAGCGAAGUCAACUCCUCCUGCUCCGCCGCUCCGGAAACUGCUGAGAAAACCCGGAAGAAGCAAGGAAGAUCCGAACAGCGCCGAGCCGUGGGACAUCUUCACCUACUAUCCGGGACGGCGGGACAGGCAAGUAAAUUCGGGACUGUCCCGCCAGAUCCGGGACACUUGGGAGGUAUAAAAAUGCCCUGUCUGCAGUGCACUUACUACUAACCUAUUGGGCCGGAUCCAAAAUUGGGGACACGAUGAGGUGCUUCUGAAAUAUUUUCUACUACAGGUUUUAUAGCAAAGGCAAUAUUGGUCAGUGUGAAUGGAAGAGGCUGCGCAAAUGUCACAUCAACUCUCUUCAGGAUAUCCCAGCCAAGAUUUUUAUGAUCACCCAGAGAAACUUAAGAACAAGAAAAAGGGCAAAAAACAUUCUAAGGUGGCUGCAGAAAAUACCUGUAUUGAUGCUGAAGUUGCCGGGUCAGAAAAUGUUUCUUCUACUCCGCAUAAAAGGAAGAAUAAAAACAAAAAUCCGGUAGACAGCGGCUUGGACUAUUACAGUGCAUUAACUGGAACCUCUGACGGGGACCCGAAUGUGUCACUACAUGGUCUGGAAAAGUCUGCAAAGAAAAAGCACUUCAGACACCGUGACCUAUCUCCAUCAGUUUUAGUGCCUGCUUCCCCCUCUGACUUUGGGGAUGUUUCAAGCCAAGAGAGGACUGACUUGGAAGAUUUGCUUCCAGUAAAGAAGAAAAAAAAGCACCGUCAUCAAACUGUAAGCCAGGAGGAAAGUAGUUAUCAAGCAAUUUCUUCAUAUACAGGGGACACUUUAAUUCCCAUGCAGAGUGAAUUAGAAGACCCACUUAAACCAAAGAAGAAAAAAAAGAAGCAUGAAUAUCAAGACAGGAGCCAUAACAAAGAUGGUCUUUCUGAAGAGUGUGACUCACCUGAUACCCACAGGAAGAGCAAAAAGAAAAAGCAUGAUAAGUACACAGAAGAGACCACAGCAAUGGCAGGUCAAGUAGAAAUAUCCAACAUGGAGGACGAGAGAGAAACUUUAGAGAUGGCAGUCAAAAAGAAGAAGAAGAAAGUCAGAGAAGGGAAUUCAUCUACUUCUGUUUUAAUGGACACAGGAGACACCACCCUUGCUGAACAGACGGAUCCCGAGAAACCCCCAAUGUUUAAAAAAAAGAAGAAAAAGCACACGCACAAAAUGCUGGAUGAUGAGAACACCCCACAGUCCACUGGAAUGAUCAGCACAGCCUCAGCAGCCUCAACACCAAAAAGAAAAAGAGGCCAAGAACAAAGCGAUGAGAUAAUGGAGAGCAAUAUGGUGGAACCAAAUGGAGACACUGUACUAACCAAGGAAAUUACUCAUACCCUGUCCAAACGUAAAAAGAAAAUAAGCACAGAUACCACAUAUUCUUACCAUGGUCUCUCCAUGGAGCCUGAAAAAUCUUUGGACAGUUUGGAAACUCCCCCAAGAAAAAAGAAGAAACAUUCAGAGCACAAGGAUUCUAGUUCUGGUAUAUUGAGUUCCUUCUCUUAUGCAGGAGGCACAUCCAUUGUUGAGCAGACUGAUUCAGAAGACCCACAAGCUUUCCAGGAGAAGAAAAAGAAAAAACACAGAGAUCGUAGCAAAAUGCUGGAAGAAAAAGGUUUGCUGAUGGAACUAUCUGACCAUGAUGUUCCCAUAGUGGCCAAGAAGAAGAAAAAAAAGAAUCAUGAAUACACAGUCCUGCUCAAUGAGAGGAAUGACAAAAGUGGAAACCUGGUUGGAGAUAAUCUGAAGAAGCAACUGGAGCAGGAAUGUUCUGCAGAUCUGAGAGAAUAUGCAGAGCCUGAACCUUGUGGCUUGACAUUGUCAGUGAGUAAGAAGAAAUCUAAGAAGCACAAGAGAUCUGAAAUGGAAAGAGAAGACCAGAGGUUGGUUGAAUCACAUAGUAUUAAUGAUGAAAUAGAAGAGCCACAAGAAGAGAACUUUUCCACCCCAUCUAGCACGGAAAGGAGAGAGAGCAUGAUGGAAUCUCAGGAGAACCCUUCUGAAACUGAGCAUGAGUCUCAACCAGUCUGCAACACAGAUGAAGGCAUAGGUGACCAAGGGACCAAUGCAACUGAUAGCAGGAUUGAUUCGGCUGUGGAAGCUGUGCUGGAGAUUAAGAGACAAAGGAAAGUGAGAUCAUAUCCACUUCUACGCCAGAAAGACCUUGAACUCCUUAAGGAGUAUUUCCCGUACCUGGAAAAACGGAAAUAUUCCACAAUUGAAUGUAUAGUGAGAGAAGACUUGGAAAGAGUAAGGGCAGCCAAAAUGAAAGGUAUCCCCUUCAUGACUGGCAGGUUCACUACUGAGGAAAACCAGCGGCUAGAGCAGAACGUAAUGGAGUUUCAGGCUCUCACAGGAAUCUCUUCCGGAGAUAAGCUCUUUAACAGCUUUAAAUACCCAGAAGAGAAGGCCAUGAUUGAGAGAGUGAAGCGGAUGUUCUACUUUAGGCGUAGAAUCGCGGAAGGGAUACCACGUACAACCUCAGAGGUGUGCAUCCGAGGAGCAAAGAUGUUCGACUUUACAAGUACCAAGGGACUUUACUCAAAGGAUGAAGUAGAGCAGUUGAAGAGACACAUUGAGGUACAUGGAAAUAAAUGGAAGAAAAUAGCACCUCUGAUGGGACGCAAUAAUGUUACGCUUCAGUUGAAGGCAUCACAGCUGAGACGAGAGACCAACAGCGGGACAUGGAGCACAGUGGAAACAAACAAGUUGAUUGAUGCCAUUAAACAUUUUGUUGUCAAACCAGACAAAGGGCCACUGGAUACCAUCCCUAAAUGUGAUGUGUACACCGGAAUUCCUUGGGUUCAAGUGGAAGAAAAAGUGGAGACAAGAAAUUGGUCACAAUGUAAAAUAAAGUGGUCAAAUAUCCUGCUACUGAGGAUGAAUAAUGGUGUAAAUGUUUUUAAAGGAGCAUCUGGUGCAGAGAUAAAAAUCAACAUGAUCAAAUGGUUACAUGAUCAUGGACCAGCAGAAAGUGGUCAGAUACAAUGGGAAGUGCUGGCGGACGUUCUUGGGAACAUCCCACCAUUGUUGCUUCAGAACAAGUUUGUUUACUUGAAAAUGCACUACGUCCCUGACUAUCAUAGUCUGACUCACCAAGAAAUUUUGCAUCAUCUGUACACAGAAACUGUGCCGCAGCUUGAGGAAAACCUGGUUCCCUCCAUCUCACAACAGGAGGACGAUAUUCAGCCUGUGGUUGAAAAAAGAGAUUCUUAUCUCAUCAAUGAAAUAUUCUGUGAAUAUAUCAGCAAAGAACAAGAAGACGAGCUGUAUGCUGGAAAAAAAGAAGAAACGAGAGCUAAAGCAAAAAUGAGAUAAUUCAAAGUAAAAGAAGGAAGGUUGCUCCUGAGUGCCUGUGUCUGGGGCACAAUCUCCUCAUUCAAAUGCAGCGUUUGUUCUUGUGAUUCUGUCCUUGUGUUAUACAGGGAUGUCGCCAUGUAAAACAGAAGGGCACCAUGUGUGCGUUAUGAGUCUGCUUUAUUUUCUAUCUGAGACAAGCGUUGCUUGCCCUGUCAACAAAAUAUUAUUUUAUUGACACUUUAUGAAUAGAGUGCUAGCCAUUUUUUGCACUGUCAUGUUGUAGAAUGGACCAAAAAUAACCAGCAGACCCAUGAACAUUGCUUAAUUUUUUUCUAAUGUUGCAAACUGAGUGGCCGGACACAUUUUAGGAGUCAAGCAAUCAUACAAGUUCUACAUUUCCUACUAGAUCCUCUCAAUUCAUCCCUACAAAUGUACAGUACCUGGCCAUUAAAGGGGAACUAAAGUCUAAAAUAGAAUAAUGCUAGAAAUGCUGUAUUUUGUGUACUAAACAUGAACUCACUGCACCAGAACUAUGUUAAACAUCUUUGCAAGACCAAGACUGUGCACAUGCUCAGUGUGGUCUGGGCUUCUGUUGGGAGGUUAAGCUUAGGGAUCUUUAUAAAUAAUCAAAAGAGCAUAAGUCAAAUAAUAUCUGCCAUAAAAGCAGAUACAGAAAGACUGAUUUAUAAUCAGAAUAUGCAGACUGCACUGGUUCUGUGGAUACAAAUAUCUAUACAGUCGUCGGCUGCUAUACAGGGAAACAAACAAAGAUGCUUGAGUUCUGUUUUGUGGCCAGAAAUUUGGAAAUAAUUGACUCAUUUCAGUCAUCUACUGCGGAAGACACUUGAAGGCUGGUUGUCUGACCCAACAUAACAGCAGGGGGCGCUGAUGUUUCAAAUUCAUUAUAUUACAGUUAAAAUAUAUUUAAAACAAUGCUAACCACAAAAUAAUUCUUGUAAAUUGCGAAAGUACUUUGAGCAAUCCAUUUGUUUUCAGGUGUUUAGUUGACUUUAAUGUCUUCCAUUCUUGCAUAGCAAUCGGUGCCCCUGAGUUGAGGUCGUAUGGGGCAAAUCACUAUUUUUUUACCCUAAUCUUUUAUUUUAUUUUUGGCACAGGUUCAUAAAGUUGUAGUUAAAUGAAAGCUCAUUCGUUUCUAUGUUGUUACAAUGUUUUGGCCUCUUACUGUUUUUCAAUCAGAAAAAUGAUUUUAAUGAAAGUAUAAAGUUUUAUGUGUUUAAAUACAUUUUAUAAAACAUUUGCAUGCUA